CAACAACGGCCCCGCUUCCGGCUCGGCUCAUUCGCCCGUCAUGGCUGCCGCCGAGAGCCCGCUGGAGACCCUUCAGCGGGAGAUCACUUGCUCCAUCUGCCUGAGCUACUUCAAGGAGCCGGUCUCCAUCGACUGCGGGCACAACUUCUGCCAGUCCUGUAUCACGCAGUGCUGGGGUCGCGCCGACGAGGAGAACACCUCCUGCCCGCAGUGCCGCCGCUGGUCUCGUAAACGCAGCUUCAGGCCCAACCGGGAGCUGGGCAACGUGGUGGAGGUGGCCAAGCGGCUCCGGCUGGAGGCCUCCUCCUCUGCUUCCACCUCUUCGUCCUUCGCCGCCGCCGCCGCCGCCUCCUCCUCCGCCUCCUCGCAGGCUGGGCAGCGCCUCUGCCAGAAGCACCAGGAGCCUCUCAAGCUCUUCUGCGAGAAGGACGAGACGCCCGUCUGUGUCAUCUGCAGGGAGUCCCGCGCCCACAAGGCCCACCCCAUGCUCCCCAUCGAGGAGGCCGCCCAGGAUUACAAGAAACAAAUUUCCACCCAUGUGAAAGCUCUAAAGGAAAGGAGAGAGAAACUGAAGGAGUCAAAAGAAGAUUUGGAGUGUAGAAGCCAAGCAGAUCAGGAUGAUGUUCACAUUGAGAAGCAGAAAGUGGAAGCUGAAUUUAACAAAAUCCAUGAGUUUUUGGAAAAAAUUGAACGAUUCCUGAUUAUCAUGUUGAAGAAAUAUGACAAGGAGAUUGUUCAAAAGAGAGACGGAGCAGCUAAGAAACUAUCUGAGGAAAUUGAUAGCCUGGAUGCCUUGAUUACUGAAGUGGAGGACAAGUGUCAACAGCCUGCGAGUGAGUUCCUGCAGGACAUCAGGUCCAUUUUGAGCCGAUGUAAGGAUGGGCAGCUGCCUCGAUUGGUGGAAGUUUCUUCCUCACCAACGGAAUUGGAGAAGAAGCUUGGACAUUUCAGUCUGAAAAAUACAGUUAUCAAGGAAGCCCUGGAGAAAUGUCGAGAGACUAUGCUUUCAGAAUUAGCAAAAGCAAGGUCAAUCGAAACAGCAGCUAAAAAGGCGAGUAUUACUCUGGAUCCCAAGACAGCUCACCCGCUUCUUGUGGUGAGCGAAGAUAAGAAAAGCGUGAAACGGGGCGAAAUGGUCCAGCCGCUGCCCAACAACCCCGAGAGAUUCGAAGCCACUCUGAUCCUGCUGGGCUGUGAGCGCUUUGGCUCAGGGAUCCAUUACUGGGAGGUUGAAGUGGGCGACGGGCAGAACUGGGCCCUUGGUGUUGCCAAAGAGUCUAUCAAGAGAAAGGGACCCAUUGUCACUUCCCCCGAUCAUGGGAUUUGGGCCUUGGGGCUCAGUGGCACAGAAUACAAGGCUUUCUCCUCUCCUGACACACGUCUGACCCUUGAGGAAGCCCCAGAGAAAAUCCAAAUAUUUGUGCAUUAUGAGAGAGGGUGGGUGGCUUUUUUUGACGCCGAUUACAUGUCUCUCAUUUUUAUUUUUCGUUCAGCCAAUUUCGGUGGAGAGAAAAUCUGCCCUUUCUUUAAAGUGUGGGGUGUCACUACAGAGCUUAGAAUGUGUCCCUGAAACAUAACUUGGUGCGUGCCACUCUGCUUAGGACCCUCAGUUCCAUUUGUGCAUAGUUUUGAACAGAAUCUCUGCAAUGGCAAAAAUACUGGAUUUCAGAGGAGAAUGUUUUUAGAAAAAAAAUGUUUGGAUCCCAUCUUUUUGCUCCAUAGAAGAAGUAACUUUCAGACUUCUUAAGUUGAGUUGAGCUCAUACAAAGCCCCCUACUGUGAUUGUCAUUCUCCUUUCAACUUAUGUUUAUGGAGCCAAAAGUUAGAAUCUAAGCCAAAGACUUUUUUAAAAUAAAAGAUCACAUUUCUUCCUUAUUUUCUUUGAAAGUUUUAUUUUCUUUGGGAGUAUUCAUGUUCUUUCAAUUUCAUUUAUUUGGAAGAACAUGAAGUGGUGAGAUAGAGAUAUUCCCAGUGCCAGAAUGUUGGAGGGUUACACUUUGACCAUCCAUUAUAAAAACAAUGAAGAAUGCUGAGACAAGUUGUGAAGCCAGAUUUCUUUUGGAGGGAAGUGGCAAAAUAACUGCCUCCUUAUACCUGUCUCAGGCAGUCUUAUAAGAAUACACACAUGAGAUUUUAGAAGUACAAAGGACUUCCAACUAUUAAUGUUACACUGUAAUCGAGUGUGUAGUCAAGCAUAUAUUCCUUCUGAUUUUAGUGGGACUGACGCUUCAGUGCAUACAUAUCACAUGGUGAUAUUAUUUCUGAGAUGGCUCAAUAGAAUGCACCCUGCCUAUCAGAGCAACUGGAUUUUCUUCUUUUUUUUGUCUCAAAGAUGAGCAAGCUUUGUCAUUAUUCUUCUCUCUGAGAGCUGUAGCACUUAAAUAAGGGGGGGAAAGCAAUGUCUCAUGUGGCAGAGUAUAUGCUGUGCAUGUAAAAGGUCCAAGGCUCAGUUCCUGGUUGCCCUGAGACUAUAACUUUCAGACUCCUUCCGCUACUGUGCCCGGAGGAUUUUAGGCAUUGUAAUUUAAGAAAGUUUUUUUAUGAGCUUUUGGAAAUCCUUUUUAUUCACUUCUCCAUCCACAUCGUAUUUCUUUCCAUUUUAGAUUUUGGGUAGUAGGUUUGAGCAUCUCAAAUCCCCGGCACUCACUUCCUACUUAACGCUGAGCAUUUCUUCAGGAAACUCUUAAACCAGAAGUGACAAGAAUUGAACUUUCAAUUUUUUGCAUAUAGAAUAGAUGCUCUACUGCUGGGAUUGUUCUCUUCCUGUGUGCACCUUUGGCAUUAUGCAAUUACUGUUUUUAUACCAUAUGUCAUAGUAUUACAGUUUUAUUUAUGUGUAUUAAAAGCUAAUAUUUGGCCUCUGUUACUCCAAAAGACAGUCUAACUGUAAUGGCGCGUGGGUUAACAACAUGUGUCCCUCCAAGUACAAUUAAACUACAGUUCCCAUCAUCCCUCACCAUUAGGAAUGCUUGUUAGAGAUGAUGGGUAUUUCAGUCUGGGGGCAUGUGGAGGGCCAUGUUUUCCUCCACUCCUAACCUUUUUGGUUUCCGUUACAGUAGGGCAGAUUCUGAUGGAAAAUCAGGGGAAAUGAUUCAAUUGUUGGAGAAACCCAACACCACAGUCAGUUACCUAGACUGGUGCUGGAUUCUUCCUUAGUGGAGUUUUUGUGGCUGGGGCUAGAUACCCAUGCAAAAGGGAUGUUUUAGCUGUGCAUCUCCUUUUUCAAUAAAGAAUUUGGUAGCCUGCAGCUCAGGGGAUGUUAGAGAGCCACAUUAGAUCCUCUUGAGGGACCUUGGAGAGUCGCAUUCCCUGCAAGUGUCUUUUUAGUCAUCCAAAAUGCCUUCUAAUAGGUGUGGGGGGAUUUUAGUUAUGCUUUUAGCUCUUUCUGCACCAUUUUAGGCCCAGGAGAUGUCUUUAAUAGCAUGAAGUGACUAAAAAUCACUUCCUGUUCAUUUCGUCCUCCAUAUUUUUAAAAAAGGACAUUCCUGAACUUCAUAUGCCUUGGAGGAGCAUUAUUUUUUAAAAGGAGCUGUCCAUGGUCACACUAUGUUCAUCCUGACCUAUUGGCUGUGUAAUCCUCUCUCCAGAAGCCAGUUGUGUACCUAUCUUGAAUUUUUCUAAGGAUAAUGAAACAGUACAGUACAGCUGUUAUUUUUGUCCUUAUCCAGUGGUUCUCAACCUGUGGGUCCCCAGGUGUUUUGGCCUACAACUCCCAGAAAUCCCAGCCAGUUUACCAGCUGUUAGGAUUUCUGGGAGUUGAAGAUCAAAACAUCUGGGGACCCACAGGUUGAGAACCACUGUCCUAAUCCAUUCCUGAUUGCCUAUAGUUCUGUUACAGAAAGAAGACACAAGAAAUCAGAGGCUAAAAAGACAGCAAGGGUAUGCAGUCGACUGGAUAUGCCGCUCAGAGAAAAGAGGGGAAUGGAGAAAAUUCAAGCAGUAGUCCUUGAAGAAAUUACCCCUUUGGACCACUCUCAGAAUCUUCCAGCCAACAUGGCUGUUACCUGCUGGAUGGGGGAUUCUGGGAGUUCUCAAAAAAUGAAGGAAAAACCAUACAGAAUUGUACCGUAAGGGAUCUAAAGACUGUCCCUACAUUAUGAUAAACCUUGCAGUUUUGGAACAUGUGUUUUCUCCUUUGUUCAGGGUGAGCAGAUUUGUACAUAUUUUGAUCUGGAGAGAAAGAAAUACUGUGUCAUUGCAUUAAAAAUCUCUUUUUGUGAA